AUGGCGUCCAGGGAGGUCAGAGUCCAGAUGGCGGGGGUACUGGAUGGCAAGCCGAGGUGUGCUCCGUCCCCGGAAAUGCUUCUCGUUCAUGUCCCCUCGCGGGCCGCCGGCGGUGCGAGCAGGACGGCCAAGGACGCGGCCGUGCCUUCUCACGCUGACACGCCGUGCUCUGUCUCCUUCAGCGUGCCGGGCUCGCCGUCGGGGCUCCACCUCGCGCAGCUUGGCAUGCCGCCGUGCGUCCGCAGAAACGACGCCGACGUGGGCGCUGCUCGGGUGGCGCCGAGCGAUUCGAAGGUCGAGCUGGUCCACUACCCGGCAGUGCCGCAGCUGCUGAAGCAGGCACGCCACCACUCGCAGCCGUCCCUGGUGGUCAGAGUCGGCGGCGAGGUGCCGGCGAUGCUGCGGAGCGACAGCACGCGGGAGCGAGACCGACGGUUUGACCACUUCAAGACGUUCUCUGGCCGCCUUGAGCGCCAGCUCUCCAGCCUCCGCGGGGUGCCACAGGAUAUCGACGUCGAACAUGGUGCGGCGUCGAAGAUCUCAGAAGAGGACACCAACGAGGACAACGAAGUGCCCACCGCCGACCGCUACUUCGCCGCGCUCGAAGGCCCCGAGCUCGAGACCCUUCGUUCGAUAGAAGUGGCGGUGCUGCCUAAGGACGAGACAUGGCCGUUCCUGCUCCGGUUCCCCAUCAGCGCCUUUGGGAUGUGCCUUGGCGUGAGCAGCCAGGCCAUGCUCUGGAAGACUCUGCAGUCUGAGCCCUCCACGAAGUUUCUUCACGUGCACCCGGUUGUCAACCACGUCCUCUGGUGGGUCUCCGUCGCACUCAUGGUGGUCGUCUCCAUCACCUACCUCUUGAAGAUCGUCUUCUACUUCGAGGCCGUCCGCCGUGAGUUCCAUCACCCUGUGCGCGUCAACUUCUUCUUCGCGCCAUGGAUCGCCUGCCUCUUCCUCGUCAAGGGUGUGCCACAUCCUGUGUGGGAGAUCCACCACGCCGUCUGGUACGUGCUCAUGGCGCCCAUCUUGUGCCUCGACCUCAAAAUCUACGGGCAGUGGAUGUCUAGUGGUGAGCGACGCCUCUCUAAGGUGGCCAACCCAUCCAACCACCUUGCAGUCGUCGGCAACUUCGUAGGCGCAUUGCUUGGUGCUACAAUGGGCCUUCGGGAGCUUCCUAUCUUCUUCUUCGCCAUUGGGUUGGCCCACUAUGCCGUGCUCUUUGUCACUCUCUAUCAGCGGCUCCCCACCAACGUGCAGCUUCCCAAGGAGCUCCACCCAGUGUUCUUCCUUUUCGUCGCUGCACCUAGCGUCGCAUCCAUGGCGUGGACAAGGAUCUCUGGCGAGUUCAGUGAUGGUGCUAGGCUCCUUUACUUCGUCUCGCUAUUCCUCUACGUGUCGCUGGUGGUACGCGUCAACCUCUUUCGGGGGUUUAGGUUCUCCCUGGCAUGGUGGGCAUACACAUUCCCGAUGACUAGUGUGGCCUUGGCGACAGUGUUGUAUGCAUCCGAGGUAGACAACAUGUUGACACGGGCACUGGCAGUCGGGUUGUCAGGAACAGCCGUUGUCACAGUCACCGGCGUGUUAGCCACCACCAUGUACCACGCCUUCAUGCGCAAGGACCUCUUCCCCAAUGAUGUGUCCAUCGCCAUCACGCGGCGACGGCCCAAGUUUAGCAAGAUCCCCGCGCAUCUUCAGUCAUCGAGUUAUGAUGUCAAGGAGCUCGUUCUCUCCGUCCCGAAUUUCAGUUCCUAUUCCAAGCAGGGCGCCUACUCUGACUCCGGCUCCAACUUCAGGAUGAACAUCAGUGCCGGUGAGUCUCCAAUGGCACACGGGCAUGGAAGAGAAGAAUGUUAG